CAUGACUCAUUAGGUUACCAGUUUUAAGCAUUAAAAUAUUAAAAAUGGGACUCUUAACCAUUCUUAAGAAAAUGAAGCAGAAAGAAAAGGAAGUCAGACUUCUGAUGUUGGGAUUGGACAAUGCUGGAAAAACAACAAUACUAAAGAAAUUUAAUGGCGAGGAUAUAGAUACAAUUUCACCAACACUUGGAUUUAAUAUCAAAACACUGGAACAUAAAGGAUUUAAACUAAACAUUUGGGAUGUUGGAGGUCAGAAAUCUCUACGAUCAUACUGGAGAAAUUAUUUUGAGAGUACAGAUGGGUUGAUUUGGGUUGUAGAUAGUGCAGACAGAAUGAGAAUGAAUGACUGUAAACAAGAACUUCAGGCACUGCUAGUGGAGGAGAGACUAGCAGGUGCUACCCUACUUGUAUUUGCAAACAAACAAGAUUUACCAGGGUCUCUGACAGCACAAUCAAUCAGAGAAGCUUUAGAAUUAGAUGAAAUAAAGACCCAUCACUGGUUAAUACAAGACUGUAGUGCAGUGACUGGUGAAAAUUUAUUAAAAGGUAUAGACUGGGUAAUAGAUGACAUAGCUUCAAGAAUAUUCACCAUGGACUGAAAAAAGCUAUUUAUAGAUCUGAUGAAAUAAGCUUAACUGUGAUAGAUGGCCGCUAUGUGUUGUAGACAGACAUUAUUUAGUGAUGAGAAGUACUAAAACUGUACUUGAAGUGGUCCAGAUGCAGGAAUUCCAAGAAGUUUUCAUUUCUAAAUUAAUAAAAGAAUUCUUGUAAACAAUUUGUUGAAGUUAUAAACAC